CCCGGAAGCGCUCUUGACCUUGCCGCGGCGACUGCCCGAGUGCGGAUGAGGCCGUCUCCGGCCUGUGGUCAUUGGCCGAGCGCCCGUUACGUCAUCAGAAGCGCCCCGCGGCCCGGAGGCUUCUGGGUAUCAGUUUACCCCCGCCCCUUGCGCCGGCGCCUUCCUUUCGCUCCCUGCCGCCGCCGAGGUCGCACGCGUGAGGCCAGUCCGCCGCCGCCAACAUGCGCUACGUUGCCUCUUACCUGCUGGCCGCCCUCGGGGGCAACGCCUCCCCCAGCGCCAAGGACAUCAAGAAGAUCCUGGACAGCGUGGGCAUCGAGGCGGACGACGAUCGGCUCAACAAGGUCAUCAAUGAGCUGCAUGGGAAAAACAUUGAAGAUGUCAUAGCCCAGGGCAUUGGCAAACUUGCCAGUGUGCCUGCUGGAGGAGCUGUGGCUGUUUCUGCUGCCCCUGGCUCUGCAGCUCCUGCUGCUGGAUCUGCCCCUGCUGCAGAGGAGAAGAAGGAUGAGAAGAAAGAAGAGUCUGAGGAGUCUGAUGAUGACAUGGGAUUUGGGCUAUUUGAUUAAAUUCCUGUUCCUCUGCAAAUAAAGCCUUUUUAUGUAUCUUGA